AUGUCGAAGGAGGGUCAGAAGAGAAAUGUGGUCAUCGUAGGCGGUGGGUAUGCUGGUGCGCUGCUGGCCCGGUCGCUCUCUGGGAGCCUCAAUCCGCACAAAUACAACCUCAUCCUCAUAAACGAACGUCCUUUUGCGAUUCACCUCCUCGCCGGCGCUCGAAUGACGGUGUCUGAAGAAGGAAACUUCGAGCACCUUGCCGUCAUGCCUUACGACAAUCUGUUCAUCAACGGGAAUGGUAGGGUCGUGGUCGGGAGAGUCACGGAAAUCGAAGAGACCGCUAAGGGGAAAGGCGGCUGGGUCGUUCUGCAGAGCGGCCCUCUUGAUUUCCCAUACUCCCGUCAAGAGAUGCACGAGCAUAUACAAUACUGGCGUAGGAUGUAUGAACGGGCGAACCACAUAGUUCUGAUCGGCGGCGGUGCUGUCGGAAUCGAGACUGCUGGUGAACUCAGGGACGUCUAUCCGAAUAAAAAAAUCACGAUCGUGCAAGCGGACGACAUGCUGCUUAACCCGACUUACCCCACGAAAUAUCGAAAGGAUAUUGAAAAACGCGUCCGCGCUCGUAAGAUCGACAUGGUCUUCUCGGAGCUUACCGACUACAUCCCCCAGUACGGAACAAUGGGCCUCACAACUCGUAGUGGCAUGUCACUUCCGACUGCAGACCUCAUCGUGCCCACAUUCGGACCACGUCCCAACACAAAAUGGAUCGCGUCGCUCGGUCCCGAUGUCUUGGACGAGCGCCGACUUGUCAAGGUAGAGCCGACCUUUGAAGUCGUGAACCAUCCCGGUGUCUUCGCAAUUGGCGACAUCACGGACUGUAACGAGCAGAAACAAGCGUUGAAGUACACCACUCAUGCUACGGUCGCGGCUGCGAAUAUCUUGAGCUUCUUAGAAGGUCGGCCACGAACCAAGAAGUAUAAAGGCAGUACGGAGAUCAUUUUGAUCCCGAUAGGCAAGAGGCGAGGAUCGGCAUACUUCGAUAUACUGUGGGGGAUCGUACUUGGAGAUUGGUUCGUUCGCUGGCUGAAGGGAGGUGAUUUGGUCGUCAAUCAAACAAGAAGAGAUAGAGGGCUGUGA